AAUUAUUUCAAGAUGAAAAUUUAUAUACUGUUGUAUCAGGCGCUUAUCCAUUUUUUCUUGUAUCUCAUCAACACAUCAACAGUUGCCACAACUUGUAAGUUUAAUGGAUGCUAUGAUUCUGAAAGAAAUCCUCGUCCUUGCAUGGCAAGCCCAGUCAAUAUGGCUUACAAGAGGAAUAUUUCAUCAACAAAUACUUGUGGUAACCCAGCUGGUGGUUUUUGUGAACUUGGUCCUGGGCUUAAAUGCUUUGAGUGCGAUGCAAGUAAAACAGAUAAAAAGCACUCUCCAAUAUACAUGGUUGACAAGGAAUUUGAUACUCCAUAUUCUCUUGAGGAUGUAACUUGGUGGCAAUCUCAAACAUGGUGGGAAACAAACCAGCUUGGAAUGUCCAACCAGUUUAACCCUAUGAGAGUAAACAUAACACUGUCUUUUGGCAGAAGGUUCCACAUAUCCGGUGGUAUCACAGUGAGAUUUUACAAUGAGAGACCAAUGGCCAUGUUUCUGGAGAAGUCAGAGGACUUUGGCAAAACAUGGAAAGUUUUACAGUACUUUGCUUUUAAGUGUUCCAUGUAUUACAAAAUGCCUGGAAUGGAGCCUGUUCCUAAGAACAAUCCAUUUGAAGCAACCUGCACUGAGGAUUACAGUGGGCAGUUCCCACCAAGGUAUGGAAAGGUGGAGUACAGAUAUGAUAAACGCUAUGAUGGCAGUUGUAGUUACUUUGAUGAAGAGAUCCAGAAUUACAUGUUAGCAACAAAUGUGAGAGUUAGACUCGAAUAUCCUUACACAGAUGGCCUUGAAAAACUAUUUCAGACCGAGGAAAUACUUAACAAGUAUUAUUAUGCUAUCUCAGAUAUUGUAAUAACAGGACGGUGUGACUGUAAUGGGCAUGCACAAUAUUGUACAGGACCACGUAUGAAAGAGACAUGUGAAUGUGAACAUAAAACAAUGGGACAGGAUUGUGAAAUGUGCAAAUCAAUGUUCAACAAUCGUCCAUGGAUGCCAGCAAAUGCAAGUCAUGCAAAUGAAUGUCAAGAAUGUGCAUGUAAUAACCAUGGAUUGUCCUGUGUAUACAAUGAUACUCUGGGUUAUGGUGUUUGUACCAGUUGCCAACACAAUACUAAAGGACCACAUUGUGAAACAUGUGUACCAAAGUACUACAGGAAUGCAAAUGUGCCUUUACAAGACCUGAACACAUGCAUUGCCUGUGACUGUUUCCCAGAAGGUAUUACAAAUAAUGGUACAUGCCUGCCGGAGGCUACACCAACACAGGAGAUUGGACAGUGCCAAUGUAAGGAGAAUGUGUUUGGACGACAAUGUGAUCAGUGUAUUCCAGGAUACUGGGGUUACAGAGGGAAUCCGGCUGCUGAAUGUAAAGUCUGUGGAUGUAACAUCUUGGGAACAUUUAACAAUACUAUACAGUGUGAUCAGUACACUGGGGACUGUCCAUGUAAGGAAUCAGUACAGGGCAGGUACUGUGUGGAAUGUAAAGAUGGCUUUUACUUGUUUCCACUUACUAAGGAUUCAGAUUGUCUGAGGUGUCCCUGUGAUUUAGGUGGGGCAUUCCCUCAAUGCAACAAAUUGUCAGGAUCUUGUUCUUGCCGUCCUGGCGUAGAAGGAAGUGAAUGUGAAAGAUCCCAGCAGGGACAUUUUUACCCCACCUUGGACUUCAUCCAUUUUGAAGUAGAAGAAAUGCGUGGUACCUUUACAGCUUUGACCCUAUCUGAGGGUCAUGGAGUAGACUUCAGCGGGCAUGGUUUUGCUAUUCUUUAUACUGGCCAAUAUGCCCAUAUUGAUAAUGCCAAAGUCUCAGCCAGCCACCAGUUCUAUGCAGUUCUUCGUUAUAGUAUCACCCAAAGUUGCAAAUUUCAUUUUUCUGCAAAGCUUGUCCUGGGCAUCACAAGUACUAACCAAAAUAUCAGUACUGAAUUUGAUGUUUUGAUGGAGAAGCUACCACAAGGUACAGGGAAAACAUGGAGGUCACCUCAAACUGUAACACUGUUGACUGGCAAAGUCUACAACUUCUCACUGACAUAUAACAGUACUGGUGACUUUGAGAACUGCUCUGUUCAUGUGGACUCACUGGUCUUUCUUCCUGAUGUAAACACAACCAGAGCUUAUACUGAAUCAGAAAGAGACAUUCAGGAUCAGUUACAUAGCUGUGCUCAAGCUGCUUUGUCUCUAGCAGCAUCAGAACCAGCUUACUGCUACAAACUGGUGUACUCUACAAGUACAGAAAUCUAUAAUGGCACCUUGGCAUGUGGGUGUGAUCCUGUUGGUAGUGUUAUUGGUACACAAUGUGCAGCUUAUGGAGGCCAGUGUCAGUGUCACCCUGGAGUAGUGGGACGUAUCUGUGACUCCUGUAUUAAUGGCUUCUAUGGAUUUUCUUCAAAAGGAUGUAAACGUUGUCAGUGUUCUAGCUCAGGGUCUUUGCAUGCUGCUUGUCAUUUGACAACUGGAAAGUGCCAGUGCAAGGCCAAUGUUGAAGGACACAACUGUGACAGCUGUAAAGAUGGCUCCUUUAAUUUGGUUGGUGCUAAUAAACAGGGAUGGCUGUCUUGUUUUGGUUAUGGUCGAGCAAGUGGUUGUGAAUCAGCCAGUGGAUUUGUUGCAUCAACCAUAUCAAGUGAAUUUGAAAAUAAAACAGAGUUUGAUUGGGUGGUGGUGAACAGGACAGGUGAUGUGAUUCCAUUUGUUGACUCGGCAUCUAAUGGCUUGGUUGUUACCUCUGUAAUUGUGCCACCUGUAAUGUACAUUAGUGCACCAUUCUUAUUUCUUGGAAGACAGUUCAGGUCUUAUGGCCAGAAGUUACAUGUCAAAUUGGACAUCAAAGAUCCUGGUAAUGGACUAAAUCUGGCUGCAGCAGAUGGAGAUGUCAUCCUGGCCAGUGGAUCUAAAGAAGUGGCACUCAACUUUAUCCCCCUUCCCUCCCCCAACGUCACGUCAUAUCACGUGAUACUAGAUGAAACACACGUGAUUGAUGGGCAGUCAGUACCAUCAUUGGAGUUCGUGUCCAUUUUGGCUGAGCUGACAUCUCUCAAGCUGCGUGCUUCGUAUUUCCCACAAAGUACCGUGACUUUUAAGGAGGUCACUUUGGAGACUGCCGCGAGUGAGCAAGGUAUACCUGGUGAGGUCUCGGUUGGAUUUGUAGAAAAUGCUACAUGUCACACAAACUACACAGGGCUUUCCUGUGAACUGUGUGCGCCAGGGUACACUCGUGAGGUGAAUGGAAGUGGGCCAAGUGGCCGUUGUGUUUUGUGUUCCUGUAAUAACCGAAGCAUAGAAUGUGACGGGGAGACUGGAGCUUGCACUAACUGUCAAGUGGGAACUUAUGGCGACCGCUGCCAUCUGUGUACAAACAAUGUGCAGGGACCAGAAUGCACUCAGUGUGAGCCUGGGUACUGGGGGCUGUCAGAAAAUGGUUGUAAAGCCUGUGAAUGUCACCCCAUUGGAACUGCCUUUGGAAACACAACCUUAUGCGACCAAGUGACAGGUCAAUGUGUGUGUAACACAACAGCCAGAAUAGGAGGCAGGCGCUGCGACAGGUGUAUGGAAAACAGCUGGAAUACUUCAAAUAGUUUGUUCAGCUGUAAAGAGUGUUCUUCUUGUUACUCUUCUAUCCAAGAGGAUGUGAAUAUUGUUCGCGCCCGGAUCCAACUCAUAGAGAAUGAUCUCUCGGCUCUUAUGAAAAAUCCCGCCUUAGUCCACAAUCUCACAUUUGCUAAACGACUUCACCAGCUGGUCACUGAGGUCAGCGCGCUAAGUCAAACAAUUAGCAGAGCAUUAGAAGUAGAGGGCAAUUCAACAUCUCAGUGGCUAACAUUUGCAGUUGCUUACCACAACUUGAGUGCAAACCUAAAUCACACUGAGACAACCUCUGUGAAUCGCACACUACAUUACGCAGCUGUAGUGGAUGUUAAUAGAAAAGAGAUCGCGAGUACUGUGACGCAGAUUCAUGACGUAGUCAGGGAGGCAUCCCGCUUAUUGGGCACUCCUAUGAGACUGGAACUAGAGCAAAACGAAGUUUUGUCCAAAUCCCUGGCGGUCGUAGCAGAAGAGUUGACAAGUGUCGCAGAAGGUUUGAUUGAACAUGCCAAUCGCACUGUCAUAGCUAAUCAGACAAUUUUUGAGCGUGUGGAGUCCGCAUUGAAGACAACAAAUGAUGCUUCUGAAAAAGCACAAAAUGCAAAUUCUACUCGGGUUGAAGUGACAAAUUUGUUGCAGCCACUGUACGAAAACGCAUCUGCAGCAAAUGCUCUUGGAGAGCAAACAGUGACAUUGAUGUUAAGCAAACUCACCAGUGCUAGUAAAGCGUACAAUGACAGUGUAACAAUGAUGGCCGAGGCUAGUCAACCAAAUUCUGACAGGAGCAGUGUGUUACAAGAUUUGAAAAGAAAGACAAUUGAGACAAGAAAUCUGGCAGAGAAUUUUCUUAAUCAAACCAGCGAACUAUAUCAAUCCAGUGCGGCUGUGGCAGGUCAGGUCAGCGCCGCCAUGGAAAGAUCGUUACGUCUGGAAGAGGAAGUACAUGCUGUGUUGUUGAAUGGAACACACCUUCUACGGGGAUCGCAAGCUGCAUUGAGUUCUGCACAAGCUUCUGUGUCAAGAGCUAAAAACGUGCACGAAUAUGCACAAAGAAUGUUGACUGUCGCGAGCAACUUUGAAGCUGAAUCUCGUCAGGUCCAGGCUUCUGCCAACAGGUCCCUGUUAACUGUUGCCUCCGCUCGGGCCAACGCUCACAACAUUUUAAGGAAUGUUUUUGCGGUGAAUGAAUCUUCUGCAAACUCGCUGUUAACAGCUGAAGAGGCUCUGCAGCUUGGAGACAUGGUUGAAAAAUUUUCUACUUUCGAAAAGCAGGUGGCGAAGAAGGUUCUCCGCCUGGCGAACAGUUUGUGGAACGAGACGACUGUAGAGAACGUGGUAGAUAACGCUACUAUGGAAGACUUCAUGGCUCGAAAGAUAGAACCCAUAGAGAAACUCUGUAAAAACCUCUCGACAAAAGCGUUCAAUUUGUCAAACAACGGCCACAUUGUUCUUCACAGAGCUGUUCAUGCAAACAUUACUGUUCAGCGGCUGAUUAUUUUGAUCAGACGUUUGAUGAAUGAAAGCUCUGGUUUGCCACGAGUCAGUGUGGACGAAUUGCCCACUAUCAAGGAAGGGGUGAAUUCAGCCACACAGCAAUUUGAUGGGCUUCAGCUCCAGUCGCAGUUAGAGGAGUUAAGAAGAGAUCUUCAACUACAGAAGACAAAGAUGUCAAUGUAUAAAGAGCAGAUUCACCAGCUUCGGUCUGAUGUUCAGAAAUAUAAGGACUUAGUAAGGUCUAUACCUUCUGUCACAGUUUGCUAAUAGCAAGGAAAGAAUUAGUUGUUGUAACAACAUUUUCACGGAACAUUGUCAGUGACAAGGCCUGACAGAAACUCGAGGCCUCUAGGUAUUAAAUAACACAACCUUCCUUAGUGAAAGACCACUUCAACACAGCCUGAAGAUAUUUUUUGACCGUGUCAUAACAACACUGCAAGACUAAAACCAAAGCCAUGCAAUUUCUAUGUAGGUAACUACAAAGUUUUAUGGCUAAUUUUUAGUCCCACGCCCUCAAUGUUCUAAAMAAUGCUUUCAAGUUGCGGUCGCGGCUGUUGGACUAAUGUGUGCUGGCUAACGAGUAUUCAUGCCUCCUGAGUACUGAAGCAAUUCGAUCCCACUCCAGUAGGUGCUAAUUACAAACUGAGCUGAAGCAUAAAUGUUAACUGCUGAAGUAGUCUUUCCUUUGAACGCCUCAACAAGUAAAUUUUGAUAACAGACUGUGUUAGAUAUUUGAAUAUCACGUUCAAGAUCCUUUGUUUUAAACCCUCGAUCCAUGAAAGAGUUCUGUUCAAUGCAGUGUUCGCAUCUGCGUCUUGGAAAUUAAAGCAUUCAUGCAUUUAUUUAUUCCAUUUCACUGCAAUUACAUGGGAAAAAAAACAAAAGAACACACGAUAAUAACAAAUUGGAUUACAUAACAAGGCAGUGGGGAAGACUAGAAGGGAACUGACGAACCAUACGUGCUAGUCAACCCAUUAUGAAGAAAAUAUACGGAUAUAUAAAAAAUUAAUCAAGGUAUGUAACAAGCUAGCUGCUAACUACCUAACUGAGUAAUCUAACUAACUGACUAACUAACUAACAACCUUACUAACUGAGUAAUCUAACUAACUAACUAACAACCUUACUAACUAAGUGCUGGUGGUACAUGGGUGCUCAGGGUCGAAACCACUAUCGUUCUAAAAAAUAGUGCAUAGUCUCUUAAAAGAAGAAACGACUACAGCUGGCCGUCCUCAAUGCAUCAGGCAGAUUGUUCCGUAGAUACGGAAUCCUAUUUAAAAAUGUUCCCUUAAAAGGUUCCGUCCUGAAUCUAUUAAUUCUUAGUUUAUUACUUGCAUGUGAUCUUAAUCUCUCAUCUGAACAAAAUUGAAAAUACGAAUUAAGUGAAGAGUUAAAAUUCCCGCACUUCAGUUUAUAAAAAGUUAAGGUCUUGUAAGUUAUAAAAAGUGUAAAAAGUUGAGGUCUUGUAAGGAUAACCGUGGGAAUGGGAUCCUCCUUGAUUAGCUGUAGCAUGGUGUAGGCGCUCAAUGUGUAAACGUGGCUCUAAAGACGAGUCGCAAGGGUAGCACAGUACGGAGGAAGAAGUGAGGUUUGGGACAAGUCUGUGCUACCAUCGCGCACCCCAUUUACAAACCGAACGCCUAGAACAAGUUAGAUAAAUGUUUCUUAUGAUAAUGAUAGUGAUGUUUCUAUUAUUAAGUACUUUGGUGUAUGUCCGUUAGUGAGUGAUUUAUUUAGAGUUGCUUCACUUCUGACCAACACCAGCUGCAUUCUGUGUAUGUAUUUUUGGUCUCGUAAUAAAAGCUUUUUCUACGGC